AUGGACCCGAGCCGGCCGCUCCUUGGGCGCGGCGGCUUCCUCCCCUCCUCCGCCCACGCCGUCGCCGCCAUCGCUCUCAUUGCCUUCCUCCUCCUCACCCUACUCCGCCUCCCCCUCAGCCUCUCCAUCUCCAUCUACACCCCUCCUCCCCCACUCGCCGUCGCCGACCACCACCAGGAGGACCAAGAGCAGGACGACAGCUCCUCCUGCGACCUCUCCUCCCCGCUCGACUGCGCCGACCCGCGCCUCUUCCACCUCAUGAUGCGCAGCGCCAUCGACGCCUUCCCCGCCGUCCAUUUCGCCCGCUUCGGCCGCCCCGUCCCCGGCGACCCGCCCUCCACCUCCUGCGACAUGGCCUGGCGCGCCCGCUCCAACUCCUCCGCCUCCACCGCCUCCCCCACCGCCACCACCAAGGACUACCGCCGCUUCGCCAUCGCGCGGGACCCCCGCACCUGCACCUACUCCGUCCUCUCCAUCGGCGACUACCACUCCGGCCCCAACGCCCGCAAGCCCCGCCCGGGCGCCAAAAACGCCACCACCGCCGCCCCGCCCCCGCCCCCGCUCUCGCGCUCCCAGUUCGCCGCCGCCGCCUACCUCUCCUACCACGGCGGCGGCGACCGCUGCAAGCCCAUGCCGCACUACAUGCGCAGCCUCCUCUGCGCCCUCGCCGAGGCCCGCUUCCUCAACCGCACCCUCGUCCUCGACCUCACCCUCUGCCUCGCCGCCUCCUACACCGCCGCCGGCAUGCCCGAGGAGGGCAAGCGCCUCGCCUUCUACAUCGACGUCGACCACCUCCGGUCGUUCGUGGCCGGCAUCGUCGAGGAAAGGCGGUUCUGGGAGGACUGGGACAGGUGGGGAGCGCAGGGCCAGCUCGGCCUCCGCCUCAUCGAGGACACCAGGGUUCCCCCCACCAAGUUCUCCAAGGCCAAGGACACCCUCGUCGUCAGGAAAUUCGGGGACGUCGAGCCGGGGAACUACUGGUACCGUGUGUGCGAGGGCGAGGCGGAGCGCGUGCUCUCCCCGCCACACCGGGACAUACGCCUGGCACCAAGUCUGACGAGCAUUGUCGAUGCUAUCAUCUCGAGUAUGCAACCAGACUUCGAUUCAGUCCAUGCUGAUGCCAAUGCCGAGGACCUCAUCCGGAAAAUCGAGGAGAGUGUUGAUGCGGGGCGGCAGGUGUAUCUUGCGGGAGAGGGGAUCAACAUGGUCCUGGUGGAGGCGCUCAAGGCAAAAUACAGCAACCUGCAUUGCCUGGAUGAUUUCCAGGGGCUCUGGAGGAAAGACAGCAAGUGGUUCGUGGAGAUGAAGAGGCUCAAUGGUGGAGUCCCCGUGGAGUUCGAUGGCUACAUGCGCGAGCUGGUGGACAGGGAGGUCUUCCUCAAGGGGAAGAAAAUGGUCGAGGUGCACCGCUGAUUUCUAAGGUGUUUGGGAAACACGGCAUACUCUUCUCAAGUGAGUCUUGUACAGAUCGUUUCUGAAUUUUGUUGUUAGCUUUGCAUUUAUGUAGAUGAUUCUGCCAGUAUCACUUUGAGGGGAAAUCUUGGCAAUCAGUAAUGUAUAGCUCAGUGCUGCUAAGACUACUUGUUCCUCUCAAUCCACUAGUUUCUUAGCACUAGUCGCUGCUCAUUCCCUGUAAGGAAAUAUUCUACUAGUUCAUGUUAUCAUGUCCUUUUGGCUAUAUAGUUCGUGUUUCUCCAGUUCAU